CAUAUAUAUAAUCUCGCUUAGAAACAGAAACCAACUAGAAGAAGAAGAUGAUGGAAAUGCUUCCUUCAGUACCAGGAUCUCCUUUGUUGAACACACAAGUACUUAGGAGGUACAAAUCGCCAUGCACUUUUGUGGUUCCUAACUACUCUCUUAGAUUCACUCGGAUAUGCUGCAAGAAGCUAUCAGAAAAUGGCAUUGAUGAGAAGCACAAACUCUCCACCAGCAAUACCACUGCCUCUAAAUCCAAGGACAGAAUGGAAGAUUACAAUAUUGCUAUGAAGAGAAUGAUGAGAAAUCCUUAUGAGUAUCACCACGAUCUGGGUAUGAAUUACACACUUAUAACUGACAAUCUCAUUGUGGGAUCCCAACCACAGAAACCUGAAGACAUCGAUCACCUCAAGAAGGAAGAGGGUGUGACAUACAUUCUGAACUUGCAGCAGGAUAAGGAUGUAGAAUAUUGGGGAAUAGACUUGAAUUCGAUAACAAGGAGGUGUCAUGAACUCGAUGUUCGACAUAUGAGGAGGCCGGCAAUAGACUUUGAUCCAAACUCCUUGCGAAAUGUUCUACCUAAAGCAGUCUCAUCAUUGGAAUGGGCAAUCUCAGAGGGAAAAGGAAAAGUUUAUGUGCAUUGUACUGCUGGACUUGGGAGAGCACCAGGGGUGGCAAUAGCUUAUUUGUUCUGGUUCUAUGACAUGAAUCUAAAUACCGCAUAUGAGUUGUUAACUUCAAAGAGACCAUGUGGACCUAAUAAAAGAGCAAUACGAGGAGCUACCUAUGAUUUGGCCAAGAAUGAUCCAUGGAAGGAGCCAUUUGAGUCUCUUCCAGAUCAUGCAUUUGAAGAUAUAGCAGAGUGGGAGAGGAAAUUGAUUCAAGAUCGCGUUCGCUCCGUUCGUGGAACUUGAAAACUUACUUAAGUGUUCCUGUUAUGAAAAUUGGUUCCAUGUGUUUGCAUUCUGGAUCAAAACAUCACCUAUUGGAUUCAUGUGCCAACUUUUAUCAACUCAUGUAAAAAACAUAUGAUGUAACGAUGCAAUGCUAUAUUUGUGAUAGCUCAGUGUAUAUGAUACAGCCUGGUGUAGUAUAUCUAGGUUAUAGCUUGUGCAUACUAAAACUAGCUGCAUUCUGCUAUUAAGUUAAUAACAAGUAGUUCAGGUCAGUUAUGAUAGAAGUUAGCACUUACUCUAGCUAGCUAGUUUCAGCGUAUAGACUAAGACAAGAUGAAUAAAGAUUUCAGAUUCGCUCA